UUUUUCUACCAAUUCUUGCAGUGAAGAAACACUUGUAACGGAUAUUUUACCAUUUUACUUUAAUCAGCCAAUACUUACUUAAACAAAAAGCAGAAGUACUUUCGAUUCAACGAGGUACAUGUUGAUGGAAGUUUAAAUGUUCAAGAAGCACCCAUAGAUGCACGACCUCCUGAGUUCAUAGCCAACGUAAAAUUCCUGAGAGGAAGCAGGCGAUAUAUGAGUACACAUUUUAUGAGGGACCAACUGUGCCAAUGAUUUUAUUUUGAAGAAUUUUAUGACAUUUUGUGACUUCACUUUGUGCAUAUGUGCAUUUAUGUUAGUACAUAGGACUGGGAUAAAAUGAUACAGAACAUGAGAUGCAAAACAGAUAUAAAACCAAGAAAGUUCACUGUUUUGCUAAAGGGAUGAAUAGACACACGAUAGCAUAAAAAUAAGGUUAAGAAAAUGAAGCCUGCAAUACCAUUCCUAAUUAUAUGCGCCUGCAGCAUUGUGACAUCACACACGGAUAUCAUCAAUGAAGGGCUUGACAUUGUUAAUGAGUUCUACCUCCGAUACAACACCACCCACGAAAUAGACCUGGUAUUUAUCUUAGAUAGAUCUAACAGCGUAACUGCUGAUGGAUGGAACGCUAUGGUAAACUUCGUAAAAACCCUACUUCAACAUUUCACAGUGGAUGGUGACAACACACGUGUCGCCAUUAUAACAUACAGUACAUCAGCGGUCAUUGAUAUAAAUGAUCUUAAUAAUGACAGAGAGAAUAAGUGUUCUUUGACGCGACGAAUAGCAGGUAGCAUUGAACGUAAAACUCCAGUAGGUUGGACUGCUACGUAUGAAGCUCUCCAAAAAGCUUACGAAAUAUUGUUAAAUUCUCGAGUGACUUCUAAAAAGGCUGUAUUUGUUUUAACAGACGGAAAAUCAAACAUAGGAAACCCUCCAGUCCAAGUUUCUUACACGAUACAAUCUCUGAAAUGGGACCCAGAAUGGAAUACUGAAAAAUUCGGCCCCCAGGCUGAAAUCUAUGCAUUUGGAAUAAAAAAUGCUGAUCUCGAAGAACUGAAAUCAAUUGCAUCUAGGCUUCCCAAUCAUACAUUUAUGAUUCCAAAUUUUCAGACAUUUGACCGGCUUGCAAGGAGCCUCCAUGGAGAUAAACAAGAGGAAAUAUGGACUCAUGUAGAUGGGUACCUUUGCCAGCCUAGAUGUUCGUUAUAUGCCGAAUGCACUUGUGGUACACGAACCGGGCAAUACCACUGCGUAUGCAAACCCGGCUAUGAAGGUGAUGGCAUCACAUGUAAAGCGUGUAAACGUGGUUUCUUUAAAGAAGGCCUUUCCCCACGUUCUUGUGUAAAAUGUCCCUCUAACUCAGAAACACCACAGUCUGGAGCAUCUAGCCUAGAGGAGUGUAAUUGUCGCCGUGGUUUCGUGAGGCAAUCUCUAGAAGAACCAUGUAUAGAGCUGUUUUGCCCAGAAUUGCCAACGGUAGCAAAUAGUGAAAAGUUCUACGUUCGAGGUAGAAAUAUGAACGAGGUCCCGAACACCGGAAAGGCGUGUUCUAAUACCGUAGAGGAUUCUUGUCAUUAUGAAUGCACCGAGGGAUACCGGUUGACAGGUGCUCCGGCUCUCGUGUGUGGAUCAGAUGGCAGCUGGGAGGGGAACACACCAGAGUGUCAAAUUGUCCAAUGCCACACGUUAAAAGAGAUAGGAGAAGCAGAUCCAUCUGCAAUUAUUACUUAUAAAGAUGGCACUACCACAUUUGGGUCAGAGGUCAACAUAAAGUGUCCAAUAGGAAUGCGAGCCUUUGGAGACGAAACCCGAAUUUGCUUACAGCAAGGUAUAUGGAGCGGUACCAAAACUCAUUGUGUAGAUAUAAGCUGCCCUCGCCUGCCGAAAGUGCAAUAUGGUGUGAUAUAUCCAGAAACUUGCGUCCAGUCAAGCCAGAGAUUCGGUACUGAAUGUGAAUAUACAUGUGCACCUGGUUUUGAAGUACGUGGACCGAGUAGCAGAACGUGCGAAAAUAAUGACAAGUGGACAGAUCACAGUAUUCAAACUGAAUGUAUUGAUGUACAAGCUCCAGUGAUCGAGUGUCCUGCAAACAUUACUCGCCCAGCAGACUCCGGGACGGAUUACGCUGUCAUACAUUGGAAAGGGGACGAACCUAGGAUCACUGACAAUUCUAAGUAUAAAUGGACUGUUACACCGAAACCAGAGAAUAAGAGGUUUGCGAUUGGAUUCCAUUUACUAAAAUAUACAGUGACGGACAGUGGAAUGAAUUCAGCUAGCUGUCACAGAGCCAUCCACGUAAAAGGAAAAUCUGCCAAGGCACAUUUUUGUCCCGAAAGUCAACUGAUGGAGGAUGUCACAACUUCCUCGUUGAUAGUUGCCUGGCAACCCCCGAUAUUCACUGACCAGGAUAACAAACAUAUAUCCAACUACAGGUGUAGUCAGACCAGUGGAACACAGUUUACCAUUGGAAAGCACAACGUUUAUUGUCAACCCUUGGAGCACCUCGACGUUGUUUGCCAUUUCACCAUUGAGUUAAUAGCCAAAACCUGCGUCCCUUUACCGCCUCCAGUUCAUGGUAGUGUAAGUUGUGCACCAACAGGAGUUUAUCUUCAAGUGUGCACAGUAAGCUGUCAGGAAAACUGGGACUUCUUUCUUCCUCCGGCGAAUCACUACUAUUGCGACAGAAACGGAGUGUGGGGUUCUCCAGAUGGCACAAGUUCUCCACCUGAUUGUUCUGCGGUCAAUAUCCCCAAUUAUGCUAUCAUGCAAAGUGAGAUUGAAUAUUUCUACUAUGGAGGUAGUUGCAAGGACAAUGCCGACGCCAUAGAACAAGCAUUCAUUAAAAAGGCUCAAGAAGACCCUAGAUUCCAGUGUAAUCUACCAAGUAUCGAAUGUGACCUGACAUCUAUUCGGAUAUCAUGCGGAAUUGACUCAAGACGCAAGCGAUCAAUCACCGGAUCUGAUGACGCAAUAGAAAAUAUUCCAAUAGAAAAUUCAAUUCUUGGCAAUGUAUCAUGUACAAAUUUAACAACUGGAUCUGUAGAAGGAAACGAAACGAAGAUACCGAUUUGUCCUUCGCAAAGUCCUGAAGUUGUGAGAACAAAAUUGAAGUUACAGUUUGCUAUCAAAGCGAAAAUCGAUGGUGAAGUCAACAAACGUAGUCAGUUUUCUUUAAAACGUAAUCUGAUAAUCGUGACGUCACAACUCGACAGGGAUCCACGUAACAAGCUAAACGUAGAUGUUGAUGGAGUCAAACUAGAGGCAAUCACAUAUAAUAACACACAUUUGGAGUUUAUCACAAACUGUAGUGCGGGUCAGGUUACGAAACUGAAAAUGUAUGAGGCAACUUGUGUAAAUUGUCCUUUGGGCCACUUUAAGCACAAUGCUACUUGUUUACCAUGUCCAAUCAACACAUUCCAAGAUGAAGAAGCAAAAACGUCGUGUAAGGCCUGUCCUGAUGGAUUGAAAACUAUUGGCACAAAAUCUUCGAGCAUUGAUGAAUGUUUAGCAUCAUGUGCGCCCGGAGAAUAUUCUACUACAGGACUACAACCGUGUGAUAAAUGUCCUUUUGGGAAAUAUCAAAAUGCUCCUGGGAUGACUGAUUGUGUUCAAUGUCCCGAAGGACUUGCUACUCUAACAACUGGAAAUAGCAAAGUCACUGAUUGCCAAGCCCAAUGCUCAAAAGGACAUUUCAAUGCAACUUCUGGAUUGGAACCAUGUUUACCAUGCCCAUUGCAUACCUACCAAUCAGAGAAGGGGAAGUUGGAGUGUUUGGACUGCCCAAGUAACAACGAAACACUCGUUACUGGAGCAACUUCUAUGGAUGAAUGUAUAUAUAUAGACCAUUGCCUGAAUGUGUCGUGUCAGAACAAUGGGUCAUGCAUCAGUAUUCAAGGCGAUGCAAUGUGUGAGUGCUCGUUAGGCUUCACAGGUCCACAUUGCGAGACUAACAUCGACGAGUGUUUGUCAUCAGAAUGUACAAAUAAUUCCACUUGUGUAGACAUGGUUAAUGGGUACAUGUGUAACUGUUCGACUGACACUACUGGUGAAUUUUGUGAAAUUCAAAUUGGACCAUGCGACUCGUCACCAUGUGGAAACCAGGGAUCGUGUCUUGCAACUGGCAGCGACACCUAUGAAUGCUUCUGUCAAAGAGGCUUCAAUGGAACGAACUGCGAAGUGAAUAUUGAUGAUUGCGAGGGUAUUCCUUGUCUCUAUGGAAACUGUUAUGAUUUGGUUGAUGCUUUUCAAUGUACCUGCUUUGUUGGAUAUACAGCGGAAUUGUGCAAUGUUGCCAUUGACUACUGUCUUAAUGAUCCGUGUGACAAUGGAGGCACGUGUAACAAUAUAGAGAACGACUUCUACUGCAAUUGCACAGAAGGAUACGAAGGAAAGCGAUGUGAAGUAGAGUUGAACGAGUGUCUAUCAGAUCCGUGUGUGAAUGGUGCAACUUGCCGCAAUUUCCCUGGUGGCUACACAUGCGAUUGCCAGCCACUCACCGGAGGAGUACAUUGUCAAAUGAAUUUAACGUCAGACUAUGACCUCAUAUUCCGAGAAGGUAGCGUAUUGGAUUAUUCUUCACUUUCCCUACCUUAUGAUUUGUAUGCCCUGACUCUGUGUCUGUGGCUCAGAAGCGAUGAUACUAAAAACUACGGAACCCCUGUGUCAUACGCUGUUGAAAGUAAUUGGCUUAGUGCAGAUGACACAAAUACAAUUACACUGUACGACAUUGGACAACUUCAGUUAUAUGUCAAUGGUGAAUCGGUGCGAACAAAUAUUUCCCUAAAUGAUGGUAGCUGGCAACACAUAUGUGUCACAUGGGCGAGUGGGGGUGGACAAUGGCAAAUCUACAUCAAUGGGACUAUAAUGGCAGUGGGUAGCCAGCUUGCUGCAGGGACAUACAUCAGAGGGGGAGGAGCCUUUGUCCUAGGUCAAGAACAAGAUGGCUACGAAAGAUUGUUCAAUCCACAGGAAGCAUUUAUAGGAGAACUCACACAAGUUAAUGUCUACGACAGUGUCCUUCCAGAAGAGUCAAUUAAUGAUAUAGCGAACUCAACAUAUUGUAACAUGGCCCUUGGCGAUGUACUGAACUGGCCACAGUUUGCUACUGGUCUAAACGGAAAUGUUGAAGUUAGAAACGGAAGCUUUUGCCUGGAUGUUAAUGAGUGCUUUUAUGGAGCACGGUGUGGCGGUAGGUUCGUUUGCGAGGACUUAAAGGGGAAUUUUAGUUGUUCCUCUUGUAAACCUGGAUAUGAGGGCAAGUUUUGUGAUCAGACUGUUAACAAAUGCUCACCGAAUCCAUGUAAAAAUGACGCAAUCUGUACAGUUUCUCAAGAGGAUGACGAUUUUGAAUGUCACUGCUUGCCAGGGUAUACCGGGAGAACUUGUGAUUAUGUGCUCGACCCGUGUCUAUCAAAUCCAUGCCUUGCCAAUGGAACAUGCGUACCCAACCAAGAUAACAGUCAAUAUAGAUGUGAAUGCCCCCUUCCGAGUAUGGGGCCGAGAUGUGAACCUAGGUGUGACAGCAUGGAAUGUGGGCCAAAUGGUGAUUGUAUUGACUACCAAGACCAUUCCGAGUGUCACUGUCACAAUGGUUACCAUGGUGAAUAUUGUGAAUUAACUCAAAACGCAUGUGACAGUUCUCCGUGUCACAACGGAGGUCAAUGUCACCCAACUGAAACUGGAUUUGAAUGCGACUGUGUAGGAUUAUGGAAAGGUCGCGUAUGCAACAUUGAAUACAAACCAAACUGCAACAUCAAUCCAUGUCUUCAAGGGGGGCAAUGUUACCUUUCCUCGUCUUCUAGCCAGGGGUAUGAGUGUAGAUGUCCCGAUUUACCUGACGUCACAUGGGGCCAAAACUGUGACAUCGUCAAUCCGUGUGAUUCAUCUCCUUGCAUCAAUGGGGGAACUUGUGUACGAUUGCCCGGAAGGUUUUUUGAAUGUGGAUGUAAUCUGCCUUAUACUGGACCGAGAUGUGAGACGUUAAUCACAACAACAACAGAGGCUACCACAACUGUAGUAACGACGACGGAACCAACUACUACUGAAAUAACUAUACCAGAUUUCUGUUCCCACGUCAACUGCUACAAUGGAGGGGAAUGUACUAACGAGGUGGAUGGAUUCAGAUGUAAAUGUCCUUUGAAAUUCACAGGUCUUUAUUGCAAAAAGGAAAAGCUGAAAGAGGAGUUUGUUUACAAUGUUCUGGUACGAUUGGAGAUGCGCUACAAUCCAUAUCUAAAGCAUAUGGCCGAUUUUAAAAGGGGAUUUAGUGCAGCGAUUCACAACGUUUAUGCAGCAUUGGAAGAUGCCAGUAAGAUAGAAGUCAGCAUUAACGAAGUUAGCAAAGGAAGCGUCUUGGUUGAUUUUGAUCUCAUACACACUAUAUAUUAUAACCCUGAUGAAGUUGAUUUUGAAAAGGAUGAUAGGCCCAAAACUCUAUCGGAUAUGUUGAAUGCAUCGCUGAGGUCUGGCCAACUAGGGGGUUUUCGAGCUUCGCCCAAACAAUACCGCUUUUCUGACAAACGCAGUCCACCUGCUACAGAAUCGGUAACAGCGGAAAACAAUCAGGACGUGGGUCUGUAUGCAGCCCUGGGUGUACUUUGUGCAUUAAUCCUUAUCGCUAUACUCUUCCUUACGGUUGUUCUUGUCAUGAGAAAGCGGAGACAAAGGGGGGUACAAAGUAUGCGUAAAUUAAACAAUGACCCGCCAAGAAUUGUGAAUCCCAUUGCACCCAUGAGCAACCCAGCAUAUAUGAGAACUGAUACUCCACCUGAGAGGGAACCCAUGCUUCAUUCACCAACGUCUCCAACAGAAGAAAAUAUAUACGCUGAUUUGGAUGCUCCUAAACCAUAUUGUGUCUCAGAAACAAAAAGUGACAGGAGCGGUCCUUGGAGGCGGCAAAAAGAUGUCAAUGUAUUCAACGAAAAUAAAGCAUACGGAAUGGGUGCAUGUGGCUUUACAACAGACAACCAGCCAAAAUUAACAAACCCCAUGAUCGAAGAGAACAAUAAAAGGCCUAGAUAUACAAAUGAAAACAUUGAACUGAAACCAUUAAACAAAAAUGAUAACACAAGUGAUUAUCUUGAGCCUAAAAGUAUUAAAAAGCCCCCACUCUUACAACUUAGGGAGUUCGAUAAGCCACUUCCGAUACCUCGUCCUCUGAGUAGUGCAGGCCCGGAUAUACCCCCAUCCCCACCCCCAAGAACACCCAUACCACCAAGUGAUAGUCCGGUUGAUUAUUUGGACUUUACCAACCCGGAUAUGGCUGGUCGAAAGCUCCCUCCGAUACCACAAGACGGUGCAGACAAGCAUACUUAUGUAAAUGAGGACAUAGAAUACGUGCUGCCGGAUUCACCAGGAGUCUGAAUAAACAUUUAGUUCGCAGUUUCGUGAUCAUUGCAUUCAUUUGUAAAUAAAAUACUCAUAAAAACAGAAAAAUGCCAUUUGGCCCAAGUCUUCUUUGACUUGUAUAUUAUUAUAAUUUUGCAAUAAGCUGGAAACGGAGUCAUAGGAUAUGGACUUAGGAGACAUUGGAUAUGUAUUUUUCUUGAAAAAUAUUAAAAAGUUGCUAGUAUGCCUGGUUACAGUACAGUAUUACCGUACAAUUGUAUUUAAUAAAUACAAAUUAUAUUUACAUACGAAUACCAGCAUUACUUUAUUUGUUAGUAUUAAAAGAUGCAGUUGAUAUACAAAUAAAAUUAAUAUAGAUAUUAAGAAUCUAUAUAUUACAU